ACCGGAACCGGAAGUUCCCGUUAGCUGGUGUUUAGGCAUCAGUUCGCCUUCCCCCGCGAGCGGAGACGGGUGUCGCGGCAUGGAGGCAGGAGGGGCCGAGCCCCGAGAGCCGCCUUCCCCAGCCAUCGGCUCCCGAGCAGAUGUAGAGGAAGGCAAUCCAGACGGAGGGAUGCUAGAAAGCGGUCUUCCGGACAACAUUGAGGCUGCAAAGCCUCUGGACUCUGCAGAAGAGAUGGUGGGAAAGCUAGUGGCCACAGACUGCCUUCCAAAGGACAGCGGGGCUCCCAGUGAGACUUUACAAAUGGUCCACAGGGGGGAACAGAAGCCGGAUGCCUCAAGUGGCAGUGGCUGUAGGGCAACUAAGAGCUCUCCGCUGUGCCGGCCUCUCUGGGGAGAAGAGAUGUCAGGGGUCCCAAACCCACAGAGCUCCCCCUUGAACCGGAAUGGGGCAUCUAAAGCAGCAGGAAGUCGUCGGGAAGAGCACUCAUGGAACCCUGGCUCCAGCCUUCCUGCUGGGACGCACGAGGCCAUCAGUGCAUUUAUUUCCUCCUGCUGGAGUGAGUUGAAGACUGAGCCCCCGUCUGCAAAUAACUUGAGCAAGCCAUCGCAGCAGGGCAGCGGAGAAUCAGAGGCUAUGGCUACUGAAGACAUGCCCCCCAAUGGCGGGGAGGCCUCUGACACCAAGCAGCCCUACUGGGGCGGCGGAAAGCCGGAGUCUGUUGGCUCCAGUUCGCCGCCUGCUGGACUCACAGAGGAGGACGACCCUGCUGUCCUAGCCAUGUUCCACGCCGUGGCCAACAGCCGCUUGCCUGUGCGGAGCCAGCAGAAGGACGAGCCGGAUUUCACGCCCGCGCAGAAGCUGGCUAUCUUGCGGGAUUUGUACCACAGCAAGCCGCUGGUGUUCCUGGAGCGAUUCCGGACGGUCCUGCGGGAGGAAGACCUGCCUUGCUUCCGCCACCUCUCCGGCAGCUACGAGGCAGACUUCUACUGCGCAGAAGUGCGCAGGGCCGGCCUGGGCAAGACGCGCCACACCCGGGUGCGGAACAAGCGCUACGCAGCCCUGCAGCAGCUCAUCCAAGGCGGGGAGUACUUCAGCGACGAGCAGAUGCGCUGCCGGGACCCACUUCUUUACGAGCAGUACAUCGGGCAGUACCUGAGUGACGAGGAGAUGCAGGCCCUGGGCAGCGGCAAGCUGGAGGCCUCCUGCUCUCUCUCGGGCGUCCUCCUGGACUCCUACCAGGAGCAGGUCAUCCAGCGGCGGCUGCAGGUCCAGCAGGAGCAGGAGGAGGCCUGCGAAGAGGAGGAAGAGGAAGACAGCAAUGAUGAAGACAAUGCCUCUGACCUGGACAUGGAGGAGUGGGUCCCCGAACAGGAGGAGAAGGCCUACCUGCGGGAAGAGUUCACCAGCCGCAUGUACCAGCGCUUCCUCGACGGCAAGGAUAGAGACUUCAACUACAGCGAGGUUGACGAGAACCCCGACUUCGACAACCUGGACAUCGUGUCGCGGGAUGAGGAGGAGCGCUACUUCGACGGGGAGGAGCCAGAAGACGCAGACGCUAUGGAAGCGGAGUAGAUGGGACUGAGAUCUUCACCCCCCCAAGGCAGAGGGUGCCAGGAUGCAGCAGCAAGGAGCCAUGUGUUGGCUAUUUCCUUCCUAUCUUGUGCAACCUCUCUCCUGCCAGGGUGGCUCCGCCUGAUAGGGAUCAGAAUGGGACUGGAGCGUAGGGUGAGUUGUCUUUGAGGUCUAUGGCAAUGGAUGGUCUGUGAUGCUUGCAGCAUCUUCUGCACCCCACGACUCCUGGGCUCCCCACUUUCCAGUUGCUAAAGAGGGGGAAGAAGGGAAUGUCGCUCUCUGGGACUGGUUAUCGUCUGUCUGGAUUUGAAGCACCAGGGCAGAUCUUGGCUUCCCUUCCGUGGUUUCGCCUUCACUUCUGGACAUCCCUGUUGUAGAGAUGUUUCUCUGUCUCUUUCCCGUGGCCUGUAAGAAAUGAGUCUUCCGUGUUGGAGAUGGGGCUAGCCUGAAGCCCAGACCCUCCUGUGCGAGGGACAUUGCUGGCUGGCAAGUUGGCUUUUUGCAGUAUCUGACUAUGUCCGAUCGUUCGUUGUUUUUCGCAGC